GAGCUCGGAAAUACGAGCUUCCCUCAAACGCACCACGCUCGCGAAUCAUCUGACGAACAGCCUAAAAAGCAACAAGCUGGACCGGACAAAACGCCCACCACUGCAGUGCGUGCACCGAAGGGAAACAACGAGACCACCAAGUUGUUUUUAACCCCACCACACCGUAGUUCGGACUGAAGUGGAGGUCAGAAGAUGACAGCUGUUUAUAAAGAGGACCAGGAAGACUGGUUGACUGUGUGUCUGAAGUACUUGCUCUUUGUUUUCAACUUUCUCUUUUGGAUGGGUGGUGCUGCUGUCUUGGGUGUAGGAAUCUGGACAGUGGUGGAGAAGAGUGACUACUUGAGUCUGCUGGCUUCCAGCACAUUUGCUGUCUCAGCAUAUAUCCUCAUCCUGGCUGGCAGCCUAGUGGUGGUUACCGGUUUCCUCGGCUGCUGUGCUGUCAUCAGGGAACAGAGAAGCUGUCUGUCUACGUAUUUCUUCUUCCUGCUCUUGAUCUUUUUGAUUGAGCUGGUGGCUGGAGUUCUGGCUUAUGUUUACUACCAGAGGCUAAGCGAGGAGCUAAAACAACACCUGAACCAGACAAUGACUGAGAAUUAUGCCCAACCAGGCAAGGAGAUGAUUACAUCUGCAGUGGACAGACUACAACAAGAUUUCAAGUGCUGUGGCAGCAACAACUACGAGGAUUGGCUGCAGAGCGUGUACGUUCUGUCAACCCAGGCAGAAAACAGAGUGGUCCCUGACAGCUGCUGUAAAACAGUCACUUUGCUCUGUGGCAGGAGAAACCACCCCUCCAACAUCUAUAAGGUGGAGGGGGGUUGCAUCACUAAGCUGGAGCAGUUUCUUGCAGACCAUCUGCUGAUCAUUGGGGCAGUGGGGAUCGGAGUGGCCUGUCUUCAGCUGGCCGGAGCACUCUUGACAGCCUGCUUUAUCUAUCUGCUCUAUAAGGAAGAGGAAGAAGACUUUGGUGCAUUGUAAUUUGGCUCUAGAGCUCCUUGGUGUUGUUAAUCAAAUGGAUAGACCAGAUCUGUGGGAUGGUUUUCACCUGCUGCUUGUACAGGAGGAUCAAGACGGACCCUUACUGAGCCCCACCUGGCCCCCAAUAAACUGCCUUAAACAUGCAGAUGACUGCUGACGCCUCACUUCAACUUCUGGAGCCUAAAUAAUGAGCUGAUAACCCAAGUUCCACCUCACUCACAUUCAUCAACAUUACAAUCAGAAACAGAUCAAACAGGUGGAUCUGGUAUGAUUCUGAUUGGAUGACAGAAGCAGUGUGUUUGUCUUGUGCAUGCUUUGAGCAGAGCUGAGAAGCUGAAGAAAUGUUUCAAAAAUGGACUUUUUAACUAACAUUUUUUAAGUUUGCAGAUAGAUUUAAUACAGUUUUGGCCCUUUUACUAUGAGCUAGGUAGCACCGUCUGAUAUUUUAAUGACAGCUAAAAAAACAACACAAUAAACUACAAAACAAGUGUUAUAUUUCUAAUCAUGCCUUCUUGUCCUGAUGACUAUAAAUGAUUUGUAUGACAACCAAAACGUGAGUCCUUUUCAGAAGCAGCUGUUAAAUCUGAAUUAAUUGCUCCACCUUGUGGCUGAAACUGGUCAUUUAAAAUCAAAAUUAUCUCUUGAAACAUAAAACAUUUCAUGAAUGUGUUUUUUCCCCCAACAUGCUUUGAUUUUCAUCUUUCGUAAGUUUAAUUCUCAAUUCAUCCCAGACGGAUUUGUUUUCUAUGAUAAAGUUGAUGAUAAUUUUGUAAACGAAAUAAGAUGAGGUGAUUGUUUUUAAGAUUUCCUUCCUAUGGAGUGUUGAGUUUCAUCAAUUUAACUUUUUCUAGUAAUAAACUCUAAAGAACAAUUUAGUUGCACAACAUAUGUGUUUAUUUUGUUUUUGUCUUAAGGAUUUUUGUAUUUAAAUUUAUAAGAAUAGAACAUAUUUGGCAGGGUUACAAUCUCUGUUAAAGGGAUUUUUAUUUGCUGUUUGUUUUCUAAUGAAGGACCCUCCACUUUUCUGAACUCUCCAAAUAAAUUUGUCAACUGGACUUUGAUCCACUAGAGGGAGACAGAGACUUUUUAUUUGUACUUUCAUUACCUUGUAACUUUGCUUUUUUCCCUUUUUAGUUUAGUUAUUUUUUGACAUAGGAGGGGAAACAUUAGUGUGGGGGUCCGUGGGUGUGGGUGGCAUACAACACACAAAGGACUUUAGUGAGGUGAUCAUCAGGAAGCUAUUAUAGCUUGAGAUAAUAAUAUUUGAACUUAUAAUAAUAACCGUUCUUUUUAUUAAGUGGAAUAUAAAAAAAUAACAAUUGAAGCUGGGUAGUUACAACUGCAGCAGGUAAUGCUGGAAAUAUUAAAAAAUGUGGUUAUUCUUUCAUUUGCAAUGAAACUUGUUUGCUUUUUUAAAUAGAUUUUCUUUUGAUGUUUCUUCAUGCUUAAUGCGUGCACUCAGACAUUGUAUUUGACAUAUUUUGCUGCAGGAAAUAAACCUUUUAAAUACAACUA